CCUGCCUUAUAUUUUGGGAUCGAUAUUAGAAGUUUAAAACUUUUUUCAAUUGGUUCAAUCUCAUGUUGACAAUCAGAUGGUACAAUCAGAAUAAAAGGUUUUGAAUGAUCGAAAUCAUGUUGAUGCAAAACAUGUCCAUGGAUAUUAUCAUCAUCAAAAUUAUAGUUGUUGUUUGUGAACAUGGACCAAACAUAAAAAGUUUAUGUAGUUUUAAAUCAAAAUGUGUAUUGACAUAUGGUCUAUUGAGAUGAAGUUGUUCAAGUGCACUGGAUCGAACAGCAUCUGAAAAAGAAAGAGGAAAGUCAAUUGAAUUACGAUUCAUUUGUCAUGCUGAACUGAUGAUCUAGAAGAAUAUCUUCAUUAUUAUUGAUGUCCAUAGGAGCAGAAGUGAUAGUUAUAGUGGAAAUUGAAUUAUCAAUUUAACGAGAUAAAUGAAUUGAUCAGAUACGAACAAACGUUCGUAGAAUUAUGGUGAAUACCCAUCAUAAUGAACGACUUUAUUUCGAGUUGGUAAAACGGCAAUCUCUAAUUCAAAUAAAGAAGUACAAGGAGUUAUAUUGACUUGAAAAAUGAGUUUAAAAUCUACUAUAGAUCAAUCAUUUUUCUAUUAAAUAGUAUCCGUCAUUAUUUUGGAUCGAACAACAACGAAUACUUUCAAGUUACUUUCGAGUCAAUUGAUAAAUAAACAUGGAAAUCAUCACAAUGAAAUCAUUUUAGUUUAUUUAGAUCUUUUCACAGUUCUUUGUCACCCAGGUCAAUCAUGCUCGAUCGUACACGGCCGUAUACCAACCAAUUACGGCGAAUAGCGGCAGCUGUUUGCGUCAGCCAAUAUACAGCAAUCGUAAACGAUGCCUUACAGCGAAUUACGGCCAUCGUAAACAAUGGCCCUAAAAAGUCGCCGUUAACAACUAGCGUAAUAAUACGGCGACCGUAUACGCUGUUCGGAAAAUAUCGUAAGGCAUCGUUUACAUCAUUUGUUUGUGGUAACCGUUUACAACAAUCGUAAACGAUGGUUUACGAUAUAUUACGGCCAUUGUAAACGUUGACCGUAAGAAGUCGCCGUUAACGACCAGCGUAGUAAUACGGCGAUUGUACACGUUAAUUAGAUAGAAUAUCGUAAGGCAUCGUAUACGUAAACAGUUUGCGGUAGCCGUUUACAGCAAUUGUAAACGAUGCUUUACGAUGAAUUACGGUCAUUGUUUACAAUGAUUAUAAAAGUCCCCGUUAACGACCAGCGUAACAAUACGGCGGCUGCAUUCGCUUACUGGAUAAUAUCGCAAGAUAUCGUAUGCGUCAACUGGAAAUGACUUAAGAAAGUAUCACCGCUCUCUAUCAUACUUCGUCUUAAGGGUGUGGGUGUUUGUGGGUAAAGAGAGAACACAUCCACAUCCCACACCCACCCCUCCUGUUCGUAUUUUAAAAUUAAAAUAGUCUAUUUUUUUUUUUUGUUUUUUUAUUCUUGUUAAUUUAUUUAGGAAUGAAAUAUCAUUCUUUUACGUUAUUUUAAUCCUGUUGGUGCUCAUAAAACAGGUUUAAUUGGUGAAGAUCCUAUUGGUAAACCAAAUAAUCUUAUGCCAUACAUUGCACAAGUAGCUGUUGGUCGUUUACCAUAUGUUAAUAUUUUUGGUACUCAUUAUGAUACUCUAGAUGGUACAGGUGUUCGAGAUUAUAUACAUGUUGUUGAUGUAGCUAUAGGUCAUAUUGCAGCAGUGAAACAAUUUGAAAUGAAUUGUGGUUUAAAAAUUUAUAAUCUUGGUACUGGUAAAGGUUAUUCUGUAUUAGAAAUGAUUAAAGCAUUAGAAAAAGCAUCAGGCAAAACAAUAUCUUAUAAAGAAUGUUCUCGACGUCCAGGUGAUCUUGCAACUGUUUAUGCUGAUCCAACAUUAGCAGCUCAAGAACUUGAAUGA